GAAAUAUGGAAUCAGAUGACGUAGUAGUUCCGGGUUUCUAGGUCUUGUGAAAAGGUAACUCUCGGUCAUUUUCUAGUUUGAAAGACUAUGGUGGUAGGGAAACCAUUGACCGGGUUUUCAGCUGCUGAAGGUGUCACAUCAGGAGGACAGUGGACCCAAUAUUUUCUUACUACAGCUUGGAACUCUUAGAAUUAUCUGCUUGAGGCCUUUUCUGAGGCUCCCUGUUUGACACGGACACAUCUCUAAGAUCCCGAGACUAGCACAGGAUUCAAAACUUGUUUGACCACAACUGCUGCUCAUUUCCCUUCCUUUCCUCAAGUACUUUUUCCAGAGAUCAGUAUGGGUCUCCAGUCAGACUCAGCUGUUCAAGCUAUCUUCCUCUUUCCAAUCCACCUGCUGGUAUGGCUGUACUCUGUCCUGUCCUUCGUCCCUUGGUACUUUAUCACUGGUGCUGGGGAAAGACAAGCUCAGUCUAAGCGGGUAAAAGCACGUUCAACAACAGGCCUAGCAGAGGGACCAUACCGCUGUGUGGACCACUUUGAAUCCCUGGCCACAGAGGACUACCCUGGCAAGGACACACUGGACAAGCUGUUCGACCAUGCUGUGCAGCGCUUUGGCCCAGGACAUUGCCUCGGUACUCGAGAUAUACUGAGCGAAGAGAAUGAGGUUCAGCCCAGUGGAAAAGUAUUCAAAAAGCUAAUCCUGGGGGAGUACAGGUGGCUCUCCUACGAUGAUAUGGACUCUAUCGUCAGCCAGUUUGGCAGUGGACUGGCAGCUCUGGGGCAACAGCCUAAAAGCAGUAUUGCUAUCUUUUGCGAAACCAGAGCAGAGUGGAUGAUCACUGCUCAGGCAUGCUUCAGGCGGAAUUUCCCAUUGGUGACAUUUUACUCCACUCUGGGAGAUGACGCAAUUGCAUUUGGGCUGAAUGAGACCGGAGUUACACAUCUAGUUACCAGCUCAGAACUGCUUGAGAAUAAACUGAAGAAUGUGCUUCCACUGAUCCCCAAACUGAAGCAUGUGAUCUAUGUGGACCAGAAGAAAGUGAGCACAGAAGGCUAUCCAGCAGGACUGUCCAUCCACAGCAUGCGGGCCGUACAAGAGCUGGGCUCACUGCCUGAGAAUCUGGGAAGGGCGAUUGUGAAGCCUCGGCCCUCAGAUCUGGCUGUGGUGAUGUACACCAGUGGCUCUACAGGCAGACCUAAAGGAGUCAUGAUCGUCCACAGAAAUCUGAUUGCAGGAAUGACAGGCCAGUGUGAACGCAUCCCUGGACUCGGGCCUAAUGAUACCUACAUAGCCUAUCUGCCCCUGGCGCAUGUUCUUGAAAUGACAGCAGAGAUCUCCUGUGUCACAUAUGGUUGUCGAAUUGGCUACUCAUCCCCCCAGACACUUUCAGACCAGUCCACAAAGAUAAAAGGAAGUAAAGGAGACAGCUCAGUGCUCAAACCAACCCUGAUGGCAGCUGUGCCAGAAAUAAUGGAUCGCAUCAACAAGAAUGUGAUGAGCAGAGUGCAGGAAAUGAAUCUCAUCCAGAAGAAGCUGUUUACCCUGGGCUACAACUACAAACUAGAUCAGAUAAAGAGAGGCUAUGACGCACCAUUGUGCAAUGCCCUGUUGUUCAAGAAAGUAAAGAAAAUCCUGGGAGGACGAGUGAGGAUGAUGUUGUCCGGAGGAGCCCCCUUGUCCGCAGCCACUCAGCGAUUCAUGAAUGUGUGUUUCUGUUGUCCAGUGGGUCAGGGAUAUGGGCUCACUGAAACCUGUGGAGCAGGCACCAUCACAGAGGUUGCGGACAUCAGCACUGGUCGUGUUGGAGCUCCUCUUCUCUGCUGUGAGAUCAAACUCAGGGACUGGGCUGAAGGUGGCUACACCAGCAAAGACAAGCCAAACCCAAGAGGGGAGAUCCUGAUCGGUGGUCCUAAUGUAACCAUGGGAUACUACAGGAAUGAGGGCAAGAACCAGGACUUUUUUGUGGAUGAAAACGGUCAGAGAUGGUUCUGCACCGGGGAUGUAGGAGAGAUUUACCCCGAUGGAUGUCUACAAAUAGUCGAUCGCAAGAAGGACUUGGUGAAACUGCAGGCUGGGGAGUACGUCUCUCUUGGUAAAGUGGAGUCUGCUCUGAAAAACUGCCUGCUCAUAGACAACAUCUGUGCUUAUGCAAACAGUGAGCAGAACUACGUGAUCAGCUUUGUGGUUCCCAACCAAAGAAAGCUAACAGAAUUGGCCAAACAGAGAGGCAUAGAGGCAGCAUGGGAGGAGCUCUGCACCCACCCCGACAUGGAAAGGGAAGUCCUGAAGGAGAUCAAGGAGGUCGCUGCUAACAUUAAACUCCAGCGAUUUGAGAUUCCAGUCAAGGUUCAUCUUAGUCCUGAGCCAUGGACUCCUGAGACGGGUCUUGUCACGGAUGCGUUCAAGCUGAGGAGGAAAGAGCUGAAGAACCACUAUCUCCACCACAUAGAGAGAAUGUACGGGGGCAAAUGAGUCCUCAAAAAUUUCACCCAGUGUUGGUUGCCACCAAACCACUGUUUUGUUCUGUAAAUAGUCUUCUGGUACCUUGUUGGAUUUUCAUGCUGUUGUGUAGCACAGGUGUCCAAAUGAAAAUAUCUUGAAAAUGAGAGCUGAAGCUGUUGGUAGUUGUAGCUGUUCACCCACGUGCUGCUUCUCAUUUGUUAGUGUGGUUUUGAUUGUCUAAGAGUUGCACUCAAGUGGCAACUCUUAGCCCAUGAAAGGGUCCAAGACCAUUAAAGCAGUCAACUGCCAUCCACUUGAAUCUGUUGGCUCUUAGUUUGUAGCUAAUUAAAAAGUACCACUGUCCUCCAUUUGUUGCUGAUGCUUUACUCUCAUCGAAUAUGUUAACUGUAACCAUAAUGGAGGUUUGUAAAUUAUCUUUUGUAAAGUCGGAGUCCUGUUGUUACUGUGCCUUCAGUCUGCAGUUCCUAUGUAGUGAAGCAGAAAUAAGUGGCAUCUAGAUUUAAAGUAAUAGUUUACGCUUUUGUUACAAAAAUGGCUUACUGCCAUGUAAAGUUUACAGCUUCAGGUAAAAACUGCCCACCAAGAGAAACGUGGAUCAAAGAUAGGAAAUAUUUAGUGAUGGUCAGGUCUUGCUUAUCCACUUGUUAUUUUGACUCCUUUUGCUUUAUUUAUACUGUGUUAGUCUUUUCUCCAAUAAGACCAAAAUGUGCAACAUUAACAACUCAGGAAGAUGAGCAAAUGUUUUAAUAUAUGAAAUUGUCAAAUAGUGGGUUGCUUAUAUAAGAAAGCACUUAAGUUACAAUUCUUGUGGGCACCUUAUUUAUUUAAGAGCAAGUAUGCUUUAUUACUAAAAUGCUUAUUGGCAAAGGCUAGUUAGAACUGGCACACUGUAAUACUGUCAUACCUCAGUUAACAAGUUCAUGUACAAUUUGGUAUAAGGUUGUCCUAAGCUAAGUCAGUUCAUUUUAAUAUUGUAGGAUUGCUUUCUAUGUAUAUUUUUCAGGUGUUAAUGGAUUUGCAUUAUUAAGACUAAAGGAAGCAGAUAUUGACAUUCACUUUACAGUUGGUUGUUUGGUGAUCCUACUUGUAUUUAUUACUCCAUCUUUAUGGUCACAUGCCUUGUUCAACAUUCUAGGAAUAAAAGUCUUUUCGUAUUCA